AUGGGGGGCUGUGCCAUGAGGACUGAUACCAACAUCUCGUCUGGUCCCGAGGGCAACGCCACGGGCAUCACAGCCUUCUCCAUGCCCAGCUGGCAGCUGGCAUUAUGGGCCACUGCUUAUGUGGCCCUGGUGCUGGUGGCUGUGACAGGCAACGCCACCGUCAUCUGGAUCAUCCUGGCUCACCAGAGGAUGCGUACAGUCACCAACUACUUCAUCAUCAACCUGGCGCUGGCCGACCUCUGCAUGGCUGCCUUCAACGCUGCCUUCAACUUCAUCUAUGCCAGCCACAAUAUCUGGUAUUUUGGCCGGGCCUUCUGCUACUUCCAGAAUCUCUUCCCCAUCACAGUCACAUUUGUCAGCAUCUACUCCAUGACCGCCAUCGCCGCUGACAGGUACAUGGCCAUUGUCCACCCCUUCCAGCCACGGCUCUCAGCGCUCAGCACCAAGGCGGUUAUAGCAGGCAUCUGGCUGGUGGCCCUGGCCCUUGCCUUCCCCCAGUGCUUCUACUCCACCAUUACUGUGGACCAGGGUGCCACCAAGUGCGUGGUGGCCUGGCCCGAAGACAGCGGGGGCAAAACACUCCUUCUAUACCAUCUUGUGGUGAUCGCCCUCAUCUACUUCCUACCCCUCGUGGUGAUGUUCGUGGCCUACAGCGUCAUUGGCCUCACCCUCUGGAGACGGGCCAUUCCCAGACAUCAGGCACAUGGCGCCAACCUGCGCCACCUGACGGCCAAGAAGAAGUUUGUAAAGGCCAUGGUGCUGGUGGUGGUGACCUUUGCUGUGUGCUGGCUGCCCUACCACCUCUACUUCAUCCUGGGCAGCUUCCAGGAAGACAUCUACUACCACAAGUUCAUCCAGCAGGUCUACCUUGCACUCUUCUGGCUGGCCAUGAGCUCUACCAUGUACAACCCCAUCAUCUACUGCUGCCUCAACCGCAGGUUUCGCUCUGGAUUCCGGCUUGCUUUCUGGUGCUGCCCCUGGGUCACACCAACCCAAGAAGAUAAGAUGGAGCUGACCCACACGCCAUCCCUCUCUAUAAGAGUCAACAGAUGUCACACGAAAGACACUUUGUUCAUGACUGGGGACAUAACCCCUUCCGAGGCGACCAAUGGUCAAGCCGGGGGUCCUUGA